CUCUACUUCUUAGUAUUAAAAAGGUUCAUGGUUACUUACUAUUAUUAUUAUUAUUAUAUUGCAGAUAGAAAAAGGGUGGAACAAUCUUUUUGUUUCCAUUAUUUCCAUAGAAACAGGGGAAACCAUAGCCAAGUCUGGCAAAGCAUCAGUACAAAAUGGGAAGUGUCAUUGGGAAGAUUCGAUGCUAAGUACCAUGUGGAUUUCUGAGGAUCUUUUACAAAACAAUGAAAGCUUCCUCCUUAAGCUUGUUGUUGCCAUGGGAUCUGCGAGAUUUGGGACUCUUGGGGAGGCUAUCAUUAAUUUAGCAACUUACAUUAGACCAGAUGUGAGUACUGCAUCAUUGCCUUUGAGACAAUGUUCCCAUGGGACAAUCUUACAAGUUAAAAUUCAAUGUUUGACCCCGAGAAGCAAACACAGGAAGGGAGCAAAUUCAUUUGUGGAAGAAAUGAGUGUUUGUUCUGAUGAUGUAGACAGCAUAUCUGAUGUAUCUGACAAUACAUUCAGCAGGACUAGUGGAUCUCCAUAUUGGGACUAUCAAGAAAAUAUAUAUCAUCGAAGAGAACUUAGCAGUAAGAGAAUAAGUCCACUGGCAACAUGUUCAGAUCACGAUACUGGGAGCUCCUUGUCCUUCUGGAUCGGGAAGCUCCCCCAACAAAGCAAUGUCAGUGGACUGAAGAAGAAUAUGAAUGAGAGACAAGAUUCAACUUACUCUGAAAAUAUCCACUAUCCAUCAUAUGAUGCCUCCGGAUCAAUACAUUCAUCUCCAGUAACCUCAAGUUCGAGGACACCGGUUCAAGGUAAAAUAGAAGAGCUUGGGAAAGUUUCACAUGCCAGCGACACGACGUCGACAAGGAGUGUUGGUUCAUCUAAAGAUCUUCUGGGUGUGGCACAAGUAACCAUUGAUUUACUUCAUGGUGAAGCAAAGAUGUGGGAAGAAAAUGCUACAAAGUUGAUGGUUGAUGUGGAGAGACUGCAAAAGCAUUUAAACAAGAAAUCGAAGAAUAAAAAAGAACUGGAAAUGGAGUUGUCAGCAUCACGCAAAGAGAUUGAUGCAUUGAAGGAUGAAAUUCAACUACUAACCUCAGGGAUAAAGCAAAAUGACAGCAGAAAUCUUAAGCUCCAGAUCGAAGAAAUGGAUAAUACAAUAAAGGAGUUGAAGAAUGAGAUCAAGUAUCAGAAAGGACUUAAUUGUGACUUGGAGUUGAUAAAGCAAACACAUGAGUCAAAAAUUGAUCUUGUUUCCAUCCUACAGAAACUAGAAAAGAUAAAAGAAAAGCAGAGAAUGAAGAUUGCUGGUCUAUCAAUGAAUUGUUUGCCGUUUCAAGAUGUUGACAUUAGUAGCUGUGUGCCUGAAGACAGUGAGGAAGAGGACUUUAGUUUAAGCAAGGAAGUGCUACCAGAGAAAAUGAAAAAGGAGUUUUGUCAUUCAGAUAUUGAUCUUGGCACUUAUGAAAAUGCAAUAAGAUGCCUGCAUGAAGGGAUUGAACUACAGGAAUUCCGGAACUUGGAACUUGAGCACCAACUUAUGCAGGAGAAGCACAAAAAUAUGGAAAGUACUAUCCAGUUUCUGGAGAAAACUCUGAACGACAAAGAUAAAGAGAUGCAAACUGCAAGAUGUUUUAUGGCUCAAACAUUAGAAGAAAAUGAGGCAAAAUGGAAGAGUAGGCUGUUUGAGAAAGGCAAACAAAUCAUCAACUUUGAAAAGAGGUUGUCUGAUGGUGUUUAUGCUUUUGGCAAUGAAAUCUUAUCUUUAACACAAAGGGUGCAAGAUCUUGAAGCUGAAUAUUGUGAGGAACAAGGAGAGUCCAGAAAGAAUCUGAUAAUUUCUAGUUCCUUUUCUUCUAACUUUCCACUCUUUUGCUCUGAUAGUAGUACUAUCAACAUCGUUGAAUUGUUCCUUGAGUUAUAUAAGCAGCUGCAGCUUUCAGUAGAAAAACUGAGGGGUCAAGAGAAUCUUCUGAGUCAAAUGACAUUAACCAAGAAUGAGAAUUGUUUCAGUAUAUCAGAUCUCUCAAAAGAUGUGGGAAAAAUAGAUUUAAAGGAAUUGUCUGAAGCAAUCCUAUGUACCAUUAUCCUGUUGAAGAAGUUGCUUGAAACAAAAACUUCUUCCUUUGAGUACAAGAUUAAUUCUCAAGAUGAGUUAGUUGGGAGAAAAAUCAGAGAUGAUAAUGUAUAUCAGAAUGAAGUUAGAGAUUGCAGUGUAAGGGAAAAUAUAGUCUGUAUUUCUUGUCAGGAAUUGAGAAAUAUACAGGAAAAAUUAAUGUCUCAUAUUCCACCAGAGAUGAAAAAUCAACAGGUUGAAUCUGCAGAGACGAACAAGGUUAAAUCUCACAAUAUGUCAGGGAAGGAGAAAACCUGUCUAAGAUAUUCCAAGUUACAACUGGAAACUGAAGUUGCUUAUUUGCAAUCCAAAAUUUCUUCUAGUUGCUUAGCUGAUUUUCCAAACGAUAUGAAGUUUCAUUAUUGGACAAAGGACUCCCACGCUUUGAUCAGCAAAGAUCGUGUAAGGAAUCCAUCUUUUGCAAGUUGUGAUGAUGAAGGCAAUAUUUUGUUUGGACUAGAAGCAGAAAAGGAACAGUUUUCUGAAAGGGUACUUAGCUUAGAAGCUGAAAUGAGACAUUUGAUUGAAGAAAAGGAGUCGACUAAUUUGGCACUGAAGAAUACUGAAAAUGUUGUAAAAAAUCUCCAGGAUGAGAUCAGAAGAAUGGAAGGAUUGAAUGAGGCACAAGAAGUUGAAUUGAAAAGAAAGGAGGAAAGCAUGCAGAAAAAAUGGAAAGAAGCUCAAGAGGAGUGCAGCUUUCUGAAAGUAGCCAACUUAGAAUUACAAGCUACAAAUGAAGAAUUGAUUGAAGAAUCUAAAACUCUUCAAACAACAAAUGAUGAGUUAAGAAUGAAAAAUUUGGACUUGCAUGGCCAAUGUACAGUAUUAGAUUCUAAAUUGGGGGAAUCACAUAUUGCAUUUUCUGAUAUGUUGAAACUAAUUCAAAAAUUGGAAUACAAAUUUACUUCAAUGCAGGAAGAAAUAGCUUUGAAAGAAAAAACCAUUAAUGUAGAUCUUGAUUCCAUUCUUGAGGAAAGCAGAAAGCAAGAAGAAAGGUUCAUUAUUGAAGAGAAAUUGUUAACACAGACGAAUUUAGAAAAAACAACUGAGGUAGGUUACUUGCAGAAAGAGGUUGAACACUUAAGAGACCAGAUCUCUUGUAUCUGUGAUAGACACAAGACGAUGGCUUCUAAUACUGUACUUGAGGUCUAUGAUUUAUGUGCUGAUAAAGCUAUGAUUGAAGCUGCUCUUCAACAAGAACAGGAGAAAGGAAGGCUACAUCAAGCCAAGCUUGAUAAUCUUCAAGCUGAAUACAAAGUCAUGAUACAAAAUUAUACCGAAGAACUGGCAACCUCCAAGGCAGACCAAGAAACUCUUAAUGUUAAUUAUGAAAAAGUAGUUGCUUUGUUGGAUAACGUCAAAUCAAACGAGGAGAAACUGAAGGGCACUGUUAGAGGGCUCGAAGCAGAAUUGAAAGCCUCUUAA